AUGGUCAUCUACUCGACAAGUGACUUGCCGCCAUCCUGUGUGACGACGUCUCAGCCGUCACACCCUCACGCUUCGCCACUAGACCAAACGCGUGCAGAGGGACCCCCACCUUUAAGCGCCGAGCAAACUCAGCUUCCAAAUUGCACAAAGGAUGGACUGCAGGUCGGAUUUCAGGUGAAGGCCUACCAGGGGCCUAUGGAAAUGACUUCAUACAUUUGUGACAUCAAGCCGCGCUUACAGCCAGCUGCAAACCAAUUAUAUGACAGGGGCAUCCACUGGGCUCGACACCGAACCACUCGUAGGACAAAAAUAGAUCUAAAGCGGCCCUCCCGUCUUGAAAAUUUCGCACUGUACCCUGGCCUUUCCAACGAAAAUAAGCCACGGAGGUACACUGGAGUGCUCAACAAUAGGCCCGGUACCGCGUAUCUUGGUGGCCUCGCAUUAGAAGUAUAUUUCUUGCACUCUUCAAGCACUGGAAAAUAA